AUGGGUUGUGAUCUUACAUGGGACUGUGUCCAGUGCCAGCCUCAAGUGUCCAGUGCCGCCCUCAAGUGUCCAGUGCCGCCCUCAAGUGUCCAGUUCCGCCCUCAAGUGUCCAGUGCCGCCCACAAGUGUCCAGUGCCGCCCUCAAGUGUCCAGUGCCGCCCUCAAGUGUCCAGUGCCGCCCUCAAGUGUCCAGUGCCGCCCUCAAGUGUCCAGUGCCGCCCUCAAGUGUCCAGAGCCGCCCUCAAGUGUCCAGUGCCGCCCUCAAGUGUCCAGUGCCGCCCUCAAGUGUCCAGUGCUGCCCUCAAGUGUCCAGUGCCGCCCUCAAGUGUCCAGUGCCAGCCUCAAGUGUCCAGUGCCGCCCUCAAGUGUCCAGUGCCGCCCUCAAGUGUCCAGUGCCGCCCUCAAGUGUCCAGUGCCGCCCUCAAGUGUCCAGUGCCGCCCUCAAGUGUCCAGUGCCGCCCUCAAGUGUCCAGUGCCGCCCUCAAGUGUCCAGUGCCGCCCUCAAGUGUCCAGUGCCGCCCUCAAGUGUCCAGUGCCGCCCUCAAGUGUCCAGUGCUGCCCUCAAGUGUCCAGUGCCGCCCUCAAGUGUCCAGUGCCGCCCUCAAGUGUCCAGUGCCCGCCCUCAAGUGUCCAGUGCCGCCCUCAAGUGUCCAGUGCCGCCCUCAAGUGUCCAGUGCCCGCCCUCAAGUGUCCAGUGCCGCCCUCAAGUGUCCAGAGCCGCCCUCAAGUGUCCAGUGCCGCCCUCAAGUGUCCAGUGCCGCCCUCAAGUGUCCAGUGCUGCCCUCAAGUGUCCAGUGCCGGCCUCAAGUGUCCAGUGCCGCCCUCAAGUGUCCAGUGCCGCCCUCAAGUGUCCAGUGCCGCCCUAAAGUAACCAGUGCCGCCCUCAAGUGUCUAGUGCCGCCCUCAAGUGUCCAGUGCCGCCCUCAAGUGUCCAGUGCCGUCCUCAAGUGUCCAGUGCCGCCCUCAAGUGUCCAGUGCCUCCCUCAAGUGUCCAGUGCUGCCCUCAAGUGUCCAGUGCCGGCUUCAAGUGUCCAGUUCCGCCCUCAAGUGUCCAGUGCCGCCCUCAAGUGUCUAUGUCCAGUGCCGCCCUCAAGUGUCCAGUGCCGCCCUAAAGUAACCAGUGCCGCCCUCAAGUGUCUAGUGCCGCCCUCAAGUGUCCAGUGCCGCCCUCAAGUGUCCAGUGCCGCCCUCAAGUGUCCAGUGCCGCCCUCAAGUGUCCAGUGCCGCCCUCAAGUGUCCAGUGCUGCCCUCAAGUGUCCAGUGCCGCCCUCAAGUGUCCAGUGCUGCCCUCAAGUGUCCAGUGCCGCCCUUAAGUGUCCAGUGCCGCUCUCAAGUGUCCAGUGCCGCCCUCAAGUGUCCUGUGCCGCCCUCAAGUGUCCAGUGCCGCCCUCAAGUGUCCAGUGCCGCCCUCAAGUGUCCAGUGCCGCCCUGAAGUGUCCAGUGCUGCCCUCAAGUGUCCAGUGCCGCCCUCAAGUAUCCAGUGCUGCCCUCAAGUGUCCAGUGCCGCCCUCAAGUGUCCAGUGCCGCCCUCAAGUGUCCAGUGCCGCCCUCAAGUGUCCAGUGCCGCCCUCAAGUGUCCAGUGCCGCCCUCAGGUGUCCAGUGCCGCCAUCAAGUGUCCAGUGCCGCCCUCAAGUGUCCUGUGCCGCCCGCCCUCAAGUGUCCAGUGCCGCCCUUAA